GCUAGAGGACCCGGAAGCACUUACCCUCCACUUCCUCCUCCUGUUUGCCUUCUGUCUCACCUAGAGCCGUCCGGUCGCAGACUGCCUCCGAGACGCUUCCUGUCCGUAACAUAAAGGCAGCCAUGAUCCUGCAGAAGCUCUUCAGGUUCUCCUCUGUCCUCCGCUCAGCAGUUGCAGUCCAUCUGCGGAGGAACAUUGGUGUAACAGCAGUGGCAUUUAAUAAGGAGCUUGAUCCUGUACAGAAACUCUUCGUGGACAAGAUUAGAGAAUACAAAUCUAAGCGACAGGCAUCAGGAGGACCUGUUGAUGCAGGCCCAGCAUACCAGCAAGAUCUGGAGAAAGAGCUUUUUAAGCUGAAGCAAAUGUUUGGUAAAGCAGAUAUGAAUACGUUCCCUACCUUCAAAUUUGAAGAUCCCAAAUUUGAAGCCAUCGAAAAACCCCAGUCCUGAAGAAAUAAUGGAAAAUUAAUCUGGUAAUUUGUCAUGGAUUACUUGUACAGUUCAUCAGAAGUAUCACAAUAAACACAUUUCACAAUUAUCAAA